AUGAACCAUCCACGAGAAUCUCUCAAGACCGUAUCUUCAGAAGAGGCUCAUUUUGCUCGAGUCGACAGCACUAACCAAGAUCAUGACGAAGACUCAGACUUGGGUACACUUGCUGCCAAUGACCCUCAAAAUCCACACGCCUGGUCGAAAAAUAGAAAAAUACUUCUGCACCUCGCCGUCUUCCUCACCUCUUUCACACCAACGCUUCAAGCCUCAGUCUUUGUUGCCAGCGUCAACCCGGUCGUCAAAAGAUUUGGCGUGACACUCAAUGAAUCCUUGCUCGGAAUCUCGCUAUGUGCCAUCGGCUUUGCCGUCGGGCCCGCUCUCGCUUCAACUGCGUCCGAACUCUUUGGACGACGAUGGAUUCUGAUCGGCUCUAUCACCCUCUGCCUCGUGUUCAAUGUGGUUGCAGCGACCGCCACUUCAUUCGCUGUGCUUCUUGUCGGUCGAACACUCUCAGGAAUCACCGGCUCCCCGAGUGUCACACUCCUGAUGGGGAUCAACAAUGACCUCUACCCCGAAGGAAAGAGUCGAGAUCUCCUGAUCUCCCUGUACGCAGUGGCCAUGGUAUGGUCCACGCAACUGGGUCCUCUUAUCGGCGAAGCUGUGGUCAACCGACAAGAUUGGCGGUGGUCCAUGUGGAUCGUCGCUAUACUCUUAGGCGUCUGCUUGGUAUCGCUCAUCCCACUGCAGGAAACAUUUGCGCCUGAGAUUCUGCGACGGCAAAAGAUCCGUGCGGGAACCAAGAUGGAAAAUAGGCAGAUCCUGUCUACCCUGGUCAAGAAGGGACUCUGGCGACCUAUACAUAUGCUCUUUGUCGAGCCUCUGGUACUUCCUUGCGCUCUGACCGUGGCUGUCAGCCAGGUUAUUCUCUUCGUUAACUACGUGGCUGUUCCUUACGUCCUGCUUAACAUCUACCAUUUUAGCGAGUACCAGGUCGGCCUUUCGUUCUUGUCCCUAUUUGCGGGUAGUAUUAUCGGUCUCAUCAUCGUCAAGUUCUGUGAGAUCCGUAUUGUGGAAGUCCGGAGGAAGCAGGCGGAGAUGGAGAAAAGACCAGUGAGAACCGAGGAUCGACUGUAUGCCGCCAUGAUUGGUGGCGUUAUCCAACCAGUUACCCUGUUCUGGUUUGCAUGGACGGCACGCGAGAACAUCCACUGGAUUGUGCCUCUUCUCGCGAUGAUGUUCUGGAGCACCUCAUUCACCUUGACCCAGCUAGGGAUGCCAAUCUACAAAAAUGCCUACUACUCCGCGCCAUUCGGAGCAUCGGCACUGGCACCAGACCUGAUGUUGAGAUAUGCUCUGUCCUCAUUCUUCCCAUUGUUCACGCCAAACAUGAUUGAUCGCAUGACGGUGGGGUGGGCUAUGUCGUUCUUUGCAUUCCUGUCAAUCCCCAUGGCAUUGAUCCCCUUCUACGUGUUUCGAUAUGGCGCUCGAUUGGUUGAGAAGUCUCGUUACCUACCGAAGGAUGUGGAGAUGUCAAAUCUGAUCACUUCGACACCCAUCGAGGCAGUGAACUCAUCUUUUACCCCUCUGGCCUGUUGUCUUAUCUCGAUCUUCCCGAUCAACUCUCCAUCCUAUCGUCACCCCACUUUGCCACUCAGAGAGACACCCAAAAUGUCUCGUCGUGGUGCCGCUGCGUCGGAUCGCAAUGCUGCCGCCAAUCGAAUUCGUGGUCCACAAUCCGCCUUGACAGACUUCCUUGCCUCUCACAACAUCUCUGCUCAACAGAUCCAGAGUGAUCAUCAGCGACGCCUACAACAGGCUGCUCGAGACGCAGAAGCAGCGAACGCCAACAACACUGAAGACAAAGAAAAUGAGAACGACUCGACCGGUGAAGAUGUAGCAGAACGUCAAAAGCGCAAGCGGAAAGAGGAGAAGGCCAUUUUAAAGUUGAAACAAAGUAAGGAAUUCAAGCGGCGCAAGUUCCAGCGGCAAUCGAGGGGUGAGGACGAUGAUAUGGAUGACGAUGCUCUCGCCCGCGAGAUGCUCAACACGCAGUCCAAGCCAUUGCCUGGUCAGCUAGAGAAUUGCGACAUCUGUGAGAAACGAUUCACCGUCACACCUUACUCCAAGACCGGUCCAAAUGGUGGUUUACUUUGCACAAAAUGCUCCAAGGAGAUCAACGAUGAAGAGAAAAAGGAAGCAGCUGCCAAGAAGAAGAAGUCCGUUGCCCCACGAGGUCGAAAAAGACAGACUGAAAGUGACCGGCUGAUGGGAGAUGUGAAACCGGGAGCGAAGAGUCUGGUCGAUAUCUGUGUCCGUCGAGUCGCCAAUGUGGUUCACGACAUCGAUGAUUUCGGCGAUAUGCCUGAAGAUGUCCUCGAUCGCUUGAGCCAAAUUCUGUCCAAGCAGAGAGUCUUGACUCCGAGAGUUCUCCAACUAUUUCUACGACGAGAGCUCAGUCGGAUCUCCAUCUACGACUGCGGCAAACUCGAGACUGAAGAUUUUAAGAAGAUCUUUGCCUUUAUGCCUGACAUUGAAUUCGUCAACCUGCGGUUUGCUGGUCAACUCAAGGAUGACACCAUUCAUUACAUGAUAGAUAAAUGCAAGAAGAUCCGUGAACUGCAACUGGGAGCUACAAAUCUCGUGACCGACAAAGCUUGGAUUGAACUAUUUCGGACCAUAGGACCCGGUCUGGAAAGUCUGAAACUUUCAGAGCUAAACGACUCGAUGAAGGGCGAUACCACUGCUGAGCUUGUUCAGAACUGUCAAGAUCUCAAACGACUGAAGCUCAGAUCUUGUUCACACAUGGAUGAAACAUCAAUCAGUCUACUCGGCCAGCUCCAGCAUCUCGAACACCUUACCCUGGCUGUCGCCCAACAAGAAACAUCAUCCGCAACCCUCGUCUCGCUAAUCAACACAUUGGGACCAAAACUUCGCACCCUCUGCCUCGAAGAGUACACAGACCUCGACGACUCUGUCCUCAAUGCAAUCGCAAACAACUGCAACAGACUUUCCAAACUCCGCAUUACCGGCUCCAUCAACGCCGCAGACACCGCUUUUGCUGAACUGUUUGGAAACAACUCACCAAUCCCUUCUCUCACCUACGCCGACCUAUCUGACAACAGAGAUAUCGACAAUACCACUGUUGAAGGCUCUACCGAAGCCCCCAUCGGCGUCGCAGACUCCACUUUCGAAGCCUUGAUGAACCAUUCCGGCUCGACCCUACAGCAGCUCAACCUCAAAUCCGACCGCCAUAUCUCGCACGCAGCACUGCUGAGCGUCUUCGACGGCAAGAAGAAAUACCCAGCCCUGAGAGACAUUGACUUGUCCUUCGUGACCAAAGUCGACGACGUGGUUAUGGCAGGUAUCUUCCGUAGCUGCCCUGCACUGACCAAGCUCGCUGUGUUCGCUUGCUUUAACGCGAGGAACGCGAGGAUUCCAGUUGGCAUUGCAGUUAUUGGGCUGCCAAAUGCGCAGGACAGUAUUAUUAUCGGGGGAGAUGCCAUCGGUGAGGCCUGA